UUUCCAUUCGAUACACGGGGCAACGCCCGUUUCGCUACUGUCGACGGGAUUUCCUGGAGCUCACAACUAUGCGCUCUGUAUUUUUACCUUCUUUCCAUCCCAUACCUAUCUUCUCUUGCAAUCGAAGAUUGACCCCUUCCUUCUCAUUUCCCUCUAUCAUUUCCUGCAAAUGUGAACGGUUUAAGGAACCCGAAGAGAAAGAAAAGAGCUUAAACUAUGCUAGGUUGCUCCAAUUCUCGGUAACACUAACCGUGAUCUCCUCCUCAAUCCCACAAGCUCUCGCUCAUGCCAAGGUAGCUGAGAAGAAGCGCGCGUCCAAGAAAUCCCCAGAAGCUCUCUCUCCAAAUGAGCUCAAGGCUUGGUCUCGCGGACUCCCGACCGUCGGCAACAGGAUUCCAUACACUGAGCUGCUAAAGCUCAGAGAAGAGGGCAAGCUUAAGCACAUCGUUAAGCUCCCCACUGCGCCUCUUAGGCAAAGGGCCGAUCCUGUUCUUGCGGUUUUGGACGAUUCUAAGGUUGUGAGAACAGUCCUACCCACAAUUGAGAGGGAUUCCAAGUUCUGGGAAUCAUGGGACUCUUUGCAGCUGAAUUCUCUGUGCAUCAAUGCAUAUACUCCCCCGGACAAGAAGCCAGAGCUUCCUUCACCUUAUCUAGGUUUUUUGUUGAAGGUUCCAACCUUUAUUUUCACUUUUAUAAAGCCAAAGCCGAAGUCCAAGCGGGCUCUUGAGCUUGAGAGGGAGCGGAAGGAGCUGGCAGCAAGGAGGAAAGCCGAGCUAGCAACCCUGAGAGAAGAGAGGCGAAUUAUGGAGAAGGCGCUUAUAAACCAGAAGAAAAUGGAGGACAGAAAGAGGAGAUUGAAAGAAAGGAAGGCCAAGUACAAGGAUUCCCUUAAGCAGGCCAGGAAAAAUUACCAAACCAAUGCACGAAAGUGGGCUAGCUUGGCCAGGGAUCAGAAUGUUGCAACUGUGCUAGGGUUGCUGUUUUUUUUUGUCUUUUAUCGAACGGUUGUGCUUAGCUAUAGGAAGCAAAGGAAAGAUUAUGAGGAUAGGUUGAAGAUUGAGAAGGCAGAGGCAGAGGAGAGGAAGAAGUUGAGGCAGUUGGAGAAGGAGAUGACAGGACUUGAGGAUGCUGUGGAGGAUGAUGGUGAAGAGAGAGAAGGAGAGCAAAACCCUUACCUUCAGAUGGCGAAGAAAUUCAUGCGGUCCGGUGCUAGAGUACGGAGAGCCCAUAGUAAGCGUCUUCCUCAGUACAUGGAGAGAGGCGUUGAUGUGAAGUUUAAGGAUGUUGCUGGGCUUGGAAACAUCAGGCUUGAGCUUGAGGAAAUUGUUAAAUUUUUCACCAUGGGAGAGGUUUACCGAAGACGAGGUGUGAAAAUUCCAGGAGGCAUACUUUUAUGUGGUCCACCUGGCGUGGGUAAGACUUUAUUGGCAAAAGCUGUGGCGGGGGAAGCUGGUGUCAAUUUUUUCUCGAUUUCUGCUUCACAGUUUGUUGAAAUUUAUGUUGGGGUUGGUGCAUCACGUGUACGUGCACUUUAUCAGGAAGCAAGAGAUAAUGCUCCUUCAGUCGUGUUCAUUGAUGAGCUUGAUGCUGUUGGUAGAGAGCGGGGAUUAAUUAAAGGUUCUGGCGGACAAGAACGAGAUGCUACUUUAAAUCAGCUGCUUGUUUGCUUGGAUGGAUUUGAAGGAAGAGGUGAUGUUAUCACUAUUGCUGCAACAAACAGACCUGAUAUUCUUGACCCUGCCCUUGUUCGUCCUGGGCGUUUUGAUAGAAAAAUAUAUAUUCCAAAACCCAGUCUAGCUGGUCGAGUUGAGAUUCUGAAGGUGCAUGCUCAGAAGAAACCCAUGGCAGAAGAUGUAGAUUAUGUUGCUGUUGCUAGCAUGACAGAGGGAAUGGUUGGUGCUGAGCUGGCCAACAUAGUUGAGAUUGCAGCCAUAAAUAUGAUGAGAGAUGGAAGAGUUGAGAUAACAACAGACGACUUAUUACAAGCUGCACAAAUAGAAGAAAGAGGAAUGCUUGAUAAAAAAGAGAGAAGUGAAGAGAUGUGGAAACGACUGGCUCUUAAUGAAGCAGCUAUGGCUGUUGUAGCAGUGAAUUUUCCUGAUCUAAAGAAUAUUGAAUUUGUCACAAUUUCCCCUCGUGCUGGAAGAGAAUUGGGGUAUGUACGAGUGAAAAUGGAUCAUUUAAAGUUUAGCAGUGGAAUGCUCAGUCGGCAGUCCCUCCUUGAUCACAUAACUGUUCAGAUAGCACCCCGAGCUGCUGAUGAAAUAUGGUAUGGUGAGGAGCAGCUGAGUACAAUUUGGGCAGAAACAGCGGACAAUGCUAGAUCUGCUGCAAGAAGUUUUGUUCUUGGUGGUCUUUCCGAGAAAUUUUAUGGGUUGGCCGAUUUCUGGGUUGUGGAUCGAAUUAAUGAAAUUGAUCUGGAGGCCCUGCAUAUUCUUAGCAAAUGCUAUGAAAGAGCUAACAAAAUUUUGAAACAGAAUAGAAUCCUUAUGGACAAGGUUGUUGACGAACUUGUUACAAAGAAAAGUCUCACUAAGCAGGAAUUCUUUCACCUGGUUGAAGAAAAUGGUCAGUUUGACCCCUACCCGCCUAGUAUUGUUGAUAUUAGAAAUGCAAAGAGAGUACAAUUUCAAGAAAUGAUGAUGAGCCGGAAAUGAUCAUAUCCGAAGUGGUUUAUCAAAGUUUGAUCACAGGUCGUUCUAUUUAAGUUCCUUCUUUGCUCGAUCCAGAAGCUAUAUUGUUUGCAGCUCUUAGUGCUGUCAUGUUUUUAGCUUGAAUUAUAGGUGAACAGCCUGUUCAUUAAACUUUGUAAUUUUUUUGACAGAUGGGUAUUAGGAUAUAUAGGUGUCUACAUUUUUAUUUAUUUCUUUCUUUAACCUGGUCAUGGCUAAACUGCUGCGCUGCUCAAGAGAAGCUAAAAGGUUGAAUUUAGCGGUUCACAGACCAAUUUAUGGAGGGUGGACUGCCUUCAAUCCAAAUAUCUGAUUUUGUUGAUGCCACCUUGAUAUGUAUUGAAGGUUCACAACAAAACUAUUUUUCUUCGAAUAAUAAUCGUUGCUUUUAUUUCA